AGCUUUUUUGAGCAUAAAUUUGAUAUGGUUGUGAAUCAGAAGGAGAUUUAUAUCGAAAGUACGUUGAAUAGCAUCACAUACUCAUUUAGGAGUAUAGUAACUCCUGGGGGCUUGUUUGAGAUAUGGCAUAUGGAUAUGCAAAACCACUUGUGGUAUCAAGUUGACAUUUUUCCGAACGAUAAUUGUGACAGUUAUGCACUGUGUGGCCCAUAUGGAAGCUGCAGUACCGCCAGUUUUCCUAAUUGCGGAUGCUUGAAAGGGUUUGAACCACUGAGCCGUGAAAACUGGACCCGUGGAUGUCAGCGGAGUAAAGCCUUAAAUUGUGAGCCAGGAAAGGGGUUUUUCAAGAUGUUAUCAGGCAUGAAACUGCCAGACACGCAGAACGCCAUGUUCAACAAUAGCACAAGCAUCGAGGAAUGUGAGGUAGCGUGCAAGAAUAAUUGCUCAUGCAUCGCCUAUGCAACUAACAUGACUGGAGAUGGAAUUGGAUGUCUGCAAUGGUUUGGUGAUUUGAUUGAUGUCCGAGUGUACCCAGAAAACGGACAAGAUUUUUACAUUAGGCUAGCAGAUUCUGAAUUCUUAGAUCUCCAUUCAGGCAAUGGAAAGAAACAGCAAGUUAUUAAAGCUACUUUGUCAAUUUUAGCCGCAUUGAUUUUUUUGGCCUUGAUAAUGGCAAUCUGCAUAUGGCGUAAGAAAAGGAGAUCAAAUGCAGAAAGUGAAGGUAUUGUAGUAAAUGUUCUAUAUAACGAUCACUACAGUAGCAGCAAGAGGAGAAGCAUAGAGGUGCCAGUGUUUAGCUUUUCAACAAUUGCUAGUGCAACCAAUAACUUUUCUAAUUUCAACAAGCUGGGAGAAGGUGGUUUUGGUCCAGUGUACAAGGGAGAGCUAGAAGAAGGACAGCAGAUUGCUGUAAAGCGGCUCUCAAAGUUCUCUCAACAGGGGCUCGAUGAAUUCAAGAAUGAGGUCAUAUGUAUUGCUAAACUUCAGCAUCGGAAUCUUGUAAAGCUCUUAGGUUAUUGCAUUCAAGAAUACGAGACGAUGCUAAUUUAUGAAUACAUGCCUAACAAAAGCCUGGACUGGUUCAUAUUUGCAUACCGAGCAGAUGAUUCAAGGAAAUCAUUACUUGAUUGGACACAACGCUUUCACAUUAUUCAAGGGGUUGCACGGGGUCUUCUUUAUCUGCAUCAAGAUUCACGACUUAGAAUUGUCCACAGGGACUUAAAAGCAGGCAACAUUUUGCUUGAUCAAGACAUGAAUCCAAAGAUAUCGGAUUUUGGUUUGGCUAGAGUGUUCAAGGAACAUGAAAGUGAAAGAAAAUCCAAAAAAGUGGUCGGAACUAUGGGAUACAUACCUCCAGAGUAUGCAGUAAACGGACUCUUCUCGGUAAAGUCAGAUAUUUUUAGCUUCGGGGUUUUGGUGUUGGAAAUUGUGAGUGGGAAGAAAAACAGCGCUUUUGUUCAUGCAGACCACCAUGAUGAUAGCCUUCUUGGACAUGCAUGGAGACUUUACCAUGAGGGCAAGUCACUUGAUUUAGUUGACACAUCUUUAGGCAAGUCAUAUUCGGCUUCUGAAGUGUUGCGAUCAGUACACCUCGGUCUAUUAUGUGUGCAACAACGACCGGAAGAUAGACCUAGCACUCCGUUUGUAGUUUCCAUGUUGGGUUAUGAAGGUUCGCUACCUUCACCCAAACUUCCGGGCCUCUUUAUCCAAGAUGACAAAGGAUCAACCUCAAAUCCUAUUUUCCAAUCAUCAUCAGUUAAUGGAAUAACUAUAAGUUUAGUAGAAGGUAGAAAAUGAGGCAAAAAUAGUCAUGUUUAAAGUUGUUAAUACAUGUUGUCACACCUAUUUUGUUGGGUGUUUGCUAAAAAACUGUAUAAGCAUAACAUUAGGAAG